AUGUCGAUGGAAGAAUUGUCUGCGUUAAACAAAUCACGGGGAGCUGUUAAGCGCAAAUUAACGCUCACCCAAAAUGCGGUUGCGGAAUUUAACAAAGGCUCCGACAAAUCUUUAGCGGAAAUUGAGGACCGUUUGCGUAGGCUUGAACCUCUUUACGAUGAAUUUAUCAAUAUUCAAUGUCAAAUAGAAGAAUUAGAAACGUCUCUCAAUCUGCCUUCUAGCACAGAGCAAGCCACGGCGUUUUCCAAAGAUUAUUACAGCGUCUUUCGCGAAUUGCGUAAUUUAGAAGGUAAAUGCCGGUCCACGUCUACCCCGCAUUCAAGUUCGAUCAAUCAGCGGCCCAUUUCAAAUGGGAACCAAUGCAUUCCGGUGAAGCUACCAGAAUUAGCAUUGCCAACAUUUGAUGGUUCAUAUGCCGAGUGGACUUCUUUCCGUGACACUUUUUCAGCUUUGGUAGAUGAUAACGCGAAUUUAUCAGACGUUCACAAAUUUCAUUACUUAAAAUCGUGCCUAAAGGGUAAGGCAGUUAAGGUAAUUGAAUCGCUCAAGGUCACGGCGGAUAAUUAUGCAUCAGCUUGGACGAUCUUGCAAAACCGUUUCGAUAACAAAAGACUGAUAGUUCAGGACCACGUUUACGGUAUCUUAAACUUUCCGAAUAUCAACAAGGCUUCACACACUGAAUUGCGUAAAUUAUUAGACACUAUGUGUAGCCAUUUAGAAGCACUCGCGGUGCACCAAAUCACUCCGGAGAGAUUUUGCGACAUUAUUUUAAUUUCAAUUAUUUCCGAGAAAUUGGAUUACACUUCGAAAAGGGAAUGGCAAAGUAAAUUAACGUCAGAGUUACCAACAUGGGAUGAACUGAAACAUUUCUUAGAAAAACGCUCCGAAAUGCUCGAAACAUUGGGCCUUAUGUCCGGUAAGGCGUCAAAUAAUUACGAAAAUAAUUUAAAGAGAGUACCCAAUAAAAUAGUAGCAAGCGUGUCAACGGGUAAAAAGACGAACGUAAAUAUUAACAGAUCAUUUAGUUGCCCUCAUUGUUCGGAAAACCAUUACUUAUAUCAUUGUCCGACAUUUCUAAAUUUGUCCACAUCCGACAGACUAAAUUUCGUACAGGCAAGGAAUUCGUGUGUUAAUUGCUUUCGUGAUCAUGAUUUGUCCAAUUGUAAAUCCGAGAAUCGAUGUAGAAUUUGCAACCAGAACCAUAACACCCUCUUGCAUCAGAAUCAGCCGGAAUCAAAUCCGUUGUCGUAUGACGAUAUUGAUCAACAACCCGCCGUAUUCAAACUAAAUACCAGCCAAUCACAUUUCAGUGGGAUUAUAUUGCCUACAGCUCAGGUACAAAUAUGUGACAACUUGGGUAGAAAACAUAUCGUCAGGGCACUUUUAGACAGUGGCUCUGAAUUAAAUUUCAUUUCCGAACGUCUCGCAAGGUUGUUAAAACUUAAGUCACAACCAAUUGUUAUGUCAAUUUCUGGCGUUAAUCACUGCACAACAAAUGCGUCAAAACGAACUAAUGCCCAAAUUUUCUCCAAUUGCACAACGUUCCAUUUUAACUUAUCCUGCGUUAUUAUACAUAAGAUAUCAGAAUGUUUACCAUCAAAUUCGUUUUCAACAGCUAACCUGAAAUUUCCUAAUCACAUUGAGUUGGCAGAUCCCAGCUUUCAUGUAAAAGGUGAAAUCGACCUAUUAAUUGGGGCUCAAUUGUUCUUUGAAUUACUGGAACCAAACCAGGUGUAUUUAAAUGAAAACUUUCUCUUGCAAGAAACGAAACUCGGGUACGUUGUAGUUAAUUCCGUUUCAAGCACCCCAAGUGUCGUAAAUCGCGGCACUUGUCAUUAUAUUCAACCCACCCUCGAACAGCUCGUCGGUAAAUUUUGGGAACUAGAUAAUUUUCAGAAUUCGAUUGUUCAAACAGCUGACGAGGUUUUGUGUGAAAGGAUUUUUAUGGAGGGUCAUAAACGUUUGCGAGACGGGAGGUACUCGGUCCCUUUACCAUUUCAACAAAAUGCGGAUCUAGGUACGUCCAAGAGUAGGGCCAUUAAAAGAUUGAAAUCUUUGGAAUCCAAGUUCCGCAAGGACAGGGAUUUCAAAGACGGUUAUUCAAGGGUAAUUUCUGACUACUUACAGCAAGGUCAUGCCGAGCAGGUACCUGAAGACCAAAUUGAAAACCCUCAAACUUUUUAUUUACCCCAUCACGGUGUCACAAAGGAAAGCAGUAAUACGACCAAAUUACGAGUUGUUUUUGACGCUUCCGCAAAGUCAUCUAAUCAUAAGAGUUUAAACGACGUGUUACUGAUUGGACCAAACAUCCAAUCGAAUUUAUAUUCAAUUUUGCUACGGUUUAGACAACAUAAAAUCGCGGUCACAGCAGACAUUUCACAAAUGUACAGACAGAUUCUGGUACACCCGGAACAUCACGAUUACCAACGAUUCUUAUGGCGAUUCGAAGAAAAUGCACCAAUUGAGACAUACAGGCUUAAAACGGUCACUUUCGGUGUUGCGCCAGCGCCAUUUUUAGCUAUCAGAACGUUGCAUCAACUAUCACUUGAUGAAAAACAUAAUUUUCCGAAUGCAUACGAUCAAAUUAGAAAUAACAUGUACGUGGAUGAUCUAAUCACCGGCGCUAAUACCGUUGAGGAGGUGUUGAACAUAAAAACAGAAAUAUCACAGUGCUUGCAAAAGGGCGGAUUUCAACUUCGAAAGUGGGCUUCGAAUAAUCCAUCAUUAUUGCCAAAUACGUCUGCUCACUCCGCGGAAAUUAAUUUAGAUAAGGAGGGCCUAUCUAAGACACUCGGAGUUAUUUGGAACUGCAUUUCUGAUCACAUUAAAUAUAGUAUCAAUUUAACAAGCAUUAAGACAGCAGCAUCAAAAAGGAGUGUAUUAUCAACAAUUGCGCAACUGUUUGAUCCCUUAGGCUUAGUUGCCCCAGUUGUGGUUACUGCCAAAAUUAUUCUUCAGCAACUGUGGACGUUGAAGUUAGACUGGGACGAUAGGUUACCGGCCAAUUUAGAAGAGCGGUGGAAUAGUUUUUUAUAUUCACUGGCUGACUUAAAUAAAAUAAUAAUUCCUCGCUGCGUGAUACCGGUUGAAGACGCCGCUCACAUACAAUUACACGGGUUUUGCGACGCCUCCCAAUUAGCUUACGGGGCUUGUAUUUAUAUUAGGUCCUACAACGAACGUGGUGAAAUUCACGUUCAGUUACUUACGGCUAAAUCUCGAAUAGCUCCAUUGAAAACUCAGACACUACCCAGAUUGGAAUUAUGUGGUGCAGUUUUGUUAGCAGAGUUAUCAGAGCAAGUUAAGCACAGUCUAAGUUGUCAGAUUCAAGGUGAAUUUUACUACACCGACUCAACUAUUGUUUUAAGCUGGCUAGCGGCUACACCAAAUACUUGGACAACAUUUGUUGCCAACCGUGUUUCUAGAAUUCAAUCGCUGACUAAGAUUGAAACCUGGAAACACGUAUCGUCAAUUUCCAAUCCUGCGGAUGUUAUCUCUCGCGGUUGCAGUCCCGAGCAAUUAAUGAAAAACUCAUUAUGGUUAAGUGGUCCAACAUUUUUGUGGCAACCUACUACUAACCACUCAAGUAGCUUAAAAAAUUAUGUAAAUCCGUCAGAAACGGAAGAACGACGUAAGGUCGUUUGCACAAAGGUCACAAAAUCUGAGUCCAAAUGCGAUUUACUAUCACGGUAUUCUUCGUUCUCCAAAUUAGUUAAUGUUAUUGCUUGGUGCUUACGAUUUCAUAAUAACGUCAAAUCUAGUCAAAAACUAACAGGAUCGUUGUCUGCCUACGAACUGCGAAACAGUCGAAUGAUUAUUAUUCGUUUAGUUCAGCGGGAAUCAUUCUUCAAUGAAUUUGAUAACCUCAGCAAUUAUAAAUCAUUACCCAAGUCAAGUCCUUUGAUCAAACUUAAUCCAUUUCUAGACGAAAACGCACUUAUCCGCGUAGGUGGAAGAUUGGUGAAUGCAAACAUUUUUUAUGAUAAAAAAUUUCCCAUUGUCCUUCCGAAGGAUCAUUACAUAACACACUUGAUUAUAGAAUGCGAGCAUUUACGACAACUACACGCGGGUCCCCAAGCCACUUUAACAGCUGUCAGGCAAACAUAUUGGCCCUUAGGCGGUCGUAGUACCAUCAGAAAGGUUUUACAUAAAUGCGCUCGUUGUCGACGAGCAAAUCCUAUUUUCUAUCAAGAGAUCAUGGCCAAUCUACCUGAAGCUAGGGUUAAUCUUGUGCGUCCCUUUCUUACCUGCGGUGUUGAUUAUGCUGGGCCCAUGUUAAUUAGAGAGGGAAGGGGUCGCGGAAAGAGGUCCAUUAAAGCGUACGUUUGUCUGUUUAUUUGCCUAUCUACCAAAGCGAUUCACCUGGAAUUGGUCACUGAUUGCACUUCGUCAGCGUUCAUAGGGGCCUUCAAGAGGUUUAUAUCUCGCAGAGGUAAACCGUCGACCAUUUAUUCAGAUAACGCAACAACGUUUAAGGGUAGCAACCGGGAAUUACGUUUCAUCCAUCAGGACAUCAUAAAAUCAGAGUCUUUUCGAAAAUUUAUCGGAGAUUGUGCGGGGGACAAUAUUGAAUGGCGUUUCAUACCUCCUCGAUCGCCACAUGUCGGUGGCAUUUGGGAGGCUGGUAUCAAGUCUAUGAAAUUUCACCUGAAGAGAGUUGUCGGUCAAUCAUUGUUCACCUAUGAAGAGAUGUACACUUAUCUCACGUUGAUAGAGGCUUGCCUGAAUUCCCGUCCUAUUACCCCAUUAUCCUCGAGUCCUGACGAUUUAACGGCCAUAACACCAGGUCAUUUUUUAAUCGGAUCUGCUUUAACAGCUCCAGCUGAACAUGACCUGAGUACCGUCAACAUUCAUCGUCUGGAUCAGUGGCAAAAGAUCCAGCAACUGCGCCAUCAUUUUUGGAAGAGGUGGUCCCGAGAGUACCUCCUGGAGUUACAGCAGCGUUCCAAAUGGGCUACGUCAGCGCGGCCAGCUGCCGUGGGUGACAUCGUUAUCAUCCACUAG